AUGCCUACAAUGUCAAACCCCUUUGCGACUUUCCUCAUCAUCGGACCGACGUGCUUCUUCUUGGGAGUCCUUUUCGCAUCGUUCCCUUACGACUACAAUGUACUGUGGACUACACCCCCGAACCUCAUUCCUGGAGUAGAUGCGCGCGCGCCUUACUACCAGAUGCUGGAGGAUCAUCUCAAGUUCAUCCACGCAUCCCCACCUCUCAUCUCGCGCAUCCUCCACAUUGUCAUUGCAACCGGUCUCUUAGGCUUCAUCACCAAGCUCUACAAGCCUUCCGAGGCCAACCUUCUCUUCGACGGUGCCAGUCUUGUUUUGUACAUGUGCGGUGUCACUGUCUACAUUGCCAAUAUUGUCAAGGGCAUGCGCGUCGUCACUUCUGGCAUCUAUGGUAACCCCGCUCUCACCGAAGGCCAGGUUGACGAUUCUGGUGACUACCUCUCAAGGGAAGAUUCGCUCAAGGUUCUGGCUGCUAGCGAUACCAUCUUGGCUCUUUUGCUUGUUGGUGUCUUGAUCCUGCAGGCUGGCCAGUGGUACGCCAACAAGAAGGAGGCUGACGAGAUUGAGGAGAUGGACAAGAAGCAUGACACGAAGAAGGCUCUGCAAAAGGAGAAGAAGAAGCAAUGA